AUGGCAUCUCCACACCCAAACCUGGAGCUCCGACCCUUGGGAAAUACGGGUCUCAAACUUAGCUGCGUCGGCUUUGGAGCUUCCCCACUUGGCAGCGUCUUCGGCCCUGUCUCUGAACACGACGCAAUCUCCUCUGUGCGCGAAGCCUUCCGCCUUGGCAUCAAUUUCUUCGACACCUCUCCGUAUUAUGGAGGGACGUUGUCAGAGAAGAUGCUUGGUAAGGGACUUAAAGCUCUAGGAGUUCCUAGAAAUGAAUAUAUUGUCUCCACAAAGUGUGGAAGGUAUGUGGAGGGCUUUGAUUUUAGUGCUGAGAGAGUGACUAGGAGUAUUGAUGAGAGCUUGGCAAGAUUGCAGUUGGAUUAUGUUGAUAUACUUCAAUGCCAUGAUAUUGAAUUUGGGUCUCUUGAUCAGAUAGUGAAUGAAACAAUCCCUGCGCUACAGAAACUAAAGGAAGCAGGGAAGAUUCGUUUUAUCGGUAUAACUGGGCUGCCGUUAGGUGUAUUUACAUAUGUUCUUGAUCGAGUGCCGCCUGGCACGGUUGAUGUUAUCCUGUCUUAUUGCCACUACAGUAUUAAUGAUUCUACAUUGGGGGAUUUAUUGCCUUACUUGAAGAGCAAAGGUGUAGGUGUAAUUACUGCCUCUCCACUUGCUAUGGGGUUACUGACUGAGAAUGGCCCCCCGGAGUGGCAUCCAGCUUCUCUUGAACUGAAGUCUGCAUGUCAAGCUGCUGCGGCCUUCUGUAAAGAGAAGGGGAAGAAUAUUUCCAAGAUAGCAAUGCAAUACAGUUUGUCAAAUAAGGAUGUUUCAUCCGUGCUGGUUGGCAUGAACUCUGCUAGACAGGUUGAGGAGAAUGUUUCUGCUGCUACGGAACUUGCUACGUUUGGCAAGGAUCAGGAAACGUUAGCAGAAGUUGAAGCAAUUCUGAGCCCUGUGAAGAAUCAAACUUGGCCUAGUGGAAUCCAACAGAGCUGA